CGAUCCAGCCGUCCAGGCUCUUCAGUUUUUGGAUGUGAUCAACAUGAAGGAUCCGUCUCAGAAAUCUCACUUUUAUAGAAACACCCUCAAAGAAGUGUUGCCUUUUAUACCUAGGAAACUGUGGUUCCAACAUGUGUGGCCCUGCCUGCAGCAGGAGAUGAGGACUCAAGAGGUGCUGGCCGCCGUUCUUCAGCCCAUCAUCCACCUCAUACAGGAGUGCUCCCUCGAGGAGUACGAGAACAUUAUACUUCCCGCCUUCAGAAAUGUGUUUAGUAUACCAAAGACAAUCCAAGCCACCGUAACGUUGCUAGAAAACCUACACAUAAUUUUAGAAAAAACGCCUAGAGACGAUAUUCGCAGUGAAGUUCUACCAAUGCUCUACAACGGCUUCGAGAGUACUACCAUCCAGGUUCAGAGCGCAGCGCUGGUCGCUGUGACAAACGUGUCCGAGUACCUGGAUGAGACGUCGAUCCGUCGCAUGGUGUUACCCAAGAUGAAGGCCGUCUACGAGAAGAACUCCACCGACCUGAAGCUCGUCCUCAACGUCCUCAGUUGCAUCGAGAAGACCCUCGACCGCCUCGACCGAGCUCAGAUCAUCGACGAGGUCCUGCCCAUGCUUUGGGACGUCCGUCUGCAGGACCCAGAUAUCUGUUUGAGGGUAGUCAAUAUCUACCGACUGAUGCUGAGUGAUAAGAAAUACGGCCUUUCUGUAAAUCUGAUGGCGACCCGAGUGAUGCCUUCGCUUCUGCCUCAAACUGUGAAUCCCUCACUCAACCUCGACCAGUUCACCUGCCUACUAGAAGUAUUACAAGAAAUGCUAGACCAUAUAGAUAGGAACCAAAGAAACAAAUUGAAGCUGGACAACAUGUCACUGCCGAGCCCGGAGCGACACCGACCUCUGCGCCACCUCUACAGUUCGGACAACAUGCAUGUGCCUCCAUUCAACAUUCCCAAUCUGCGCAUUGAACAGCGCAAGACAUCCAGUGCCGAGGAUAUGGCUCGCAAGAACUCCACUGAUUCGGGCAUGCUAGGCGGCUGGUGGUUUGGUGCAUCACCCAGUUCGCCAGACUCCAACUUCCUGCGCGUGAACGCCUUCCCCAACCGACGUCUGUCCGACAACACUCUCAUGACGCCAAAGAUCCGCAUCGCGCCAUCCUGCGCCUCCUCGCCAGGCGGCACCCCAGGCGGCGGCGGUCUGCCCAUCAGGCGUCACUCUAGUAUUGGCCCGCAGGAGCGUAGGGGUUCCACUAUCAAUCUGUCGCCCCCAACCGGGGGCGGUUUCCACUACCGAUCAGUAUCUCGUGAGGGCAGUACCUUGUCCGUACCAUCAGCAUAUCUUGCACGGAGCAUGAUAGGCGGAAGUAUGCCCAACACGAGUAGUUCAGUGCCGUUUCUACUGAGCUCCAGCAUGAGCUCGAUUCGUAGCCGUCGGCCGUCCGCAUGCCUCAGCAGUUCGCAGGGCUCUGCGGGACUGUUGCAACAGCUCGGAAGCGGCAUGUUUGUCAGAAUUUGGAAGUCUGGACAAUGGUAAAGCUGAGUUUAUGACAUAGCAUCAAAUCAUUUACAUCAGUAUCAGCUGUUUUCUGGGAGAUCAUAAGGUUGAUGUGCAAUGAACGCUUGCAUAGGGAUUAAACACAAUCACCUAACGUAUUGUGGUUUCAGCUGAAUCAGAGAAUUAUUGUGUUGUAUUGUCUC